AUGCAAGCAAGCUGGUUUGGGUCGAUUUUCACCUCAAUUGUGACCAACGACAUCUCCGACGUACGGCGUGUCCGUCGGUUGCAGCGCGAGGCCGAGUACCAGGUGUUUGAUUUCAUAGCGGCCUUCCCGGUGCCGUGGGAGCUCGAGUUGCAACUGAAGGAGUAUCUGAAGCGGAACCGCUCCACGAUCCAGUUGCCUCGAAAACAGGACAUGGCGUCGUUGCUCCCGGAGUACCUUUUCAACGAGCUCUGUCGCGAGGCGAUGGCGCCUAUCAUCGCAAACCACUGCUUUCUCCAGAGUUUGGGCAUGCGCUUCGCAGCCUUCCAGCAUGACUUGUGCUUGAAGGGAUUUACCGAUUGGAACGUGUCCAACCAGGAGAUACUCUUUUCACCGGGGCCCAAGUGUGAGAACAUGCUCUUCGUGGCUUAUGGGACCGUGGGCUACAUGUGCAAGGCAGGCAUCAGCUCUGGGGUCUUUGCCGUUCAGCCCGUUGCCAGCACGGUUUCCCGGAAGACCCGGGCAUGCACCACCACGCUCUACCGUGGCGACUCUCUCUGCGAAGCAUGCAUCUGGACGGCCUGGCACUACCUUGGUACAGCGACUGCGGACUCUCAGUCGGCUUUGUUGUGCUUGAGCUUGGAGAGCUUGAAGUCCAUUGUGAGUGUGCACAAGGAAGCUGCGUCGGAGCUUGUUGUGUAUGCCAGGGUCUUUGUGAACAAGCUGAAUGAUGUUGAUGAAGAGAAGGACUUGACGGAUUUGCACAUGCACGUGGACUACAAUCGGCAACUUUUCCGAUCGAAGGGCCCUUAG